CUCCGCUCAGUCACACAGAGAGAGAGAGAGAGAGAGAGACGGGGGCAACUGAGGAGACGUGACAGUGGAGCAACUUGAACCUUGACCUUCCCAAAGCCCAGCAUCUCCAUGAAUCCUGCUGGUGAGGUUAGCUGGGGUCAGAGCAUCAGGAUCAAUUGUUCAAUCUCAACUGAGCAUUUAGGUGGAACAUUCACUCUGAAUAAGACCUCAGGUUCAUCCAGAAAGACCCAAUCAUCAAGUGCCAACUCUGCUACCUUCAACAUCCGUAAUGUGAACUUUGAUAAUGAGGGAUCAUACCAGUGUCAGUAUGAGAAAAGCAUUUCAAGACAAAACUUCAGCUCCCCUCUAAGUGACUCUGUCAGACUCUCUGUUACUGUGCCACUGCAGCAGCCCAAUAUCUCCCUGACAUCUCCUAAUGGAGGACUGGUCUGGGGUCCUGAAGGUGCAGAGGUCACUAGGGGCUACAGCUUUGUCUUGACCUGCUCCAUUAACUCCAACUAUCAUGAAGGCCGUUUCUUGCUCAUCUUCUCUGGCUCCAACAUCACCAACACCAAACCUGCAGUCAACCUCUCAGCCUCCUUUAACUUCCCUGUAGCUGAGUAUGAACAUGAGGGCAACUACAGCUGUGUGUAUGAAGUCACUCUGUCCAGACUGAACUUCAGGUCACCAGAGACAGCACCGAUUACUGUUACCAUUAAAUUGCCUUUGUUGCUGCUGGUGACCUCAGUAGUCAAGCUGUUCCUGCUGGUCUUGCCGGUGGUCUGUCUGGUCUGGAUGAUCUGCAGGAGAAGAAGACGAGACAAACAUCCCAUAGCCAUCGCCAUGAGUCCAGUGGCUGUCAGUGCUUUGAACCAUGAUGAAGGUGCUAAGGAGGAGGAGGAGGAGGAUGUCUAAGACUAUCAGAACAUUGAGCCAGUGUACACCAAGAAGAAACUGAAAGAGCAAGCACAGAUAGUGGAGGGGAGAAACUAGUUACAUGUAAUUUAAUUACAAAAUAAAUGUAACUGUAAUCUGUUACAGUCACUGAGAAAAAAAUGUGUACUUAAAUUACAGUUAAUUAUGAAAAUGUUGAUGAUUAUAAAGGGGAUUACCUCUGAAUAAUGUCUGUAAAAAUGUAUAUGUUGAAAAAUAUUCAUUUUGUUGCUUUUCAUGUUUUUGAUGUGCACAAUGCCUUCUUUUGCCAUUUCCAGUCGAGGCCAUUUAUUAAAGCAUUUGAUGCU